UUCUCCUCUCCUCGUCUCCAGCUCCAACUAACCUUUGUUGUACAUAAAAAAGGAAGAUAUAUCCCCCGUCUGGCAGCCUGCUUGCUUCCCGACUUCUUAAUUCUGCUUUGAAUUCGUGAUUUCACUCUAUUUGGCUGGUCGAAUUCCGGUUUCGUCUUACAGCUUCGCCGUCCGCGCCGCGUGGGUUUCGUCUGCUGUGUUCGUUCUUGAUUUGCCGGUGACAUCUCCGAUUCGGGGCUUGCUCCUUUUCUUUCUGGCCCAGUUCAUCUGCUGGUUUGGUUUCGGCGUGCCGAUGAUGAUGCAAAAGCAUCGGUGAAUUCUGGAUGAAUGCGCUUGCGCACCACCAGUGCGCACACCUCUCGUGAUAUCCACUGCGUAAUACUCUGAGGCACACAUCCUUUGGAUUCGUGAUUUCAUUUUAUUUGGCUGGUUGAGUUCCGGUUUCGUCUUUCAGUCCCGCGCUGCGUGAGUUUCGGCUGCUGUGUUCGUUCUUGAUUAUGCCGGCGAGAUCUCCGAUUCGAGGCUUGCUCCUUUUCUUUCUGGCCCAGUUCAUCUGUUGGUUUGGUUUCGGCGUGCCGAUGAUGAUGCAAAAGCUUAGGUGAAUUCUGGAUGAAUGCGCUUGCGCACCACCAGUGUGCGCAGCUCUGGAUAUCCACUGCGUAAUACUCUGAGGCACACAUCCAUCCAUCUUGGUUUCUUUUCCGGCCUUGUUUUCAAGGCCGAUUCGAGACGCUAGAUUACCUUCUUUGGACCUCAAUUGGUCUCGGACAGACUUGCAAAAUGCCGGCCUUUUUUUCUGAUCUUUUUUGCUUUGCAUAACUACCGAACUCUUGCACACGGAUAUCAGCGACUGAGAUUUUUCGCAGCACAGGGGGAAAUGGGUACCGAGCUGGUUACGGCCGUAAGUGUCCUCACAAGGCAUUCAGAUUUUAAGAAUGGGCUAGAAGAACCAUCAAAGUUUUCCUCCCUUAGAACUGAGGAAAGAUCUUGUUCUUGAUAGGUUCGUCUUGGUUGGGGCUGGUUCUAAAUAUUAAAAAAAAGAUUAAAUAAGAUCUUUAAGAUAUCUUAGUAUUUGAUUCAUAUCAGAAAUUGUCAAGUGGCAUUUUAGAGGGACUACAGUUUUACUCUCCGGUUUACUCACGUGACACAGUUAUAUACUUCCUCCGUCCCAAAAUAAGUGUCUUAACUUGAGACACUUAUUUUCAGACGGAGGGAGUAAGUUAUAUUUGCAUAGUCUAUUGCAUUGUUACAUUUUUACACUGUGUUGUUCACAGGUUUGUACUUUGUUUCUUGUCUAACAGCAGGUGAUCAAGUUUGCUCUGUUUUGAGGUGGGUUAUGGUGAAGGGGUCAUGGAGUACUCACUGCCAGACUCGUUAGUGUCCAACAUUUUAACCGUUAGAUUAAUGAGUAAGGUAACUAGGAUAUAGUUGAACCUGUGGUUUUUUUUUGUGGGAACCUGUGGUGUUGGGAUUAUGAUCGAUGCGUCGAGCAGAAACCGUGAUACAAAGUCAUGCAGUGAUGACCUGUUUCAGAACAGUUGUCAGGUAAUGUUGUACCGGUAGCCAAGGCACAUUCUAGUAGUGUAUGUGUCUGUAGUGAUCUGAUAGCAUGUGUGGGCUGGCCAAGUUGUCUCUACUGCCUGCUUCCUCUGGUAUUAGCAUGUUUUCAGUUCUGGUAAAACUGUUGUUGGAUCUCUCUAACAGAGCCUAGUAAGCUAUAGAUUUUAGAAAGGAAUUUUGAUGCUUCCUUCAGGUGCAAAACGCUCCGUGGAUUUGAGAGUAAGGAUCGGUCAAUGAAGCAGAUUAUGCUGCUGAUCAAUGCCGGCAAAUUGACAGCUUGCGUCCAGUUCAUAUUCUUGUUUAAAGCAUGAGAAUCAUAAUUUUGUGUUUUUCGUUCGGCAGCAGUUCUAAAAAUUAACUUUGUAUGUGCAAAAUAUAGAGUACUGGGGGCUGAGAAUAGAACAUGCAACACCAAUGACUCCGUGGCCCAAUGGAUAAGGCGCUGGUCUACGAAACCAGAGAUUCUGGGUUCGAUCCCCAGCGGAGUCGAUUCCUUUUUCUUUUUCUUUUGCUCCUGCCGCCAUUUUUUCAUUUUUUUUGCUGGGUGAAGCGGAGAAGACGAGAGGAGAUGGCGGCGAAGGAGGCCGAUGGGGACCACUUCAUCGAGAUGGUGUCGGCGGGUGCGCUUUACCGCGGCGGCGAAUGGGAGCGCAAGUACUGGAGCUGCUCAAGGGUCUCGUCAGUUGGAUUUACAUGUGGAAUCCAUGGUCGGUGUACUCCCUAACACCUCACCUUUCCUUGUUUGCUCACCCAAGGGCAAGGAUCGCCACCCGUACCCGGUGGGCUAUCACGCCGUCCGCCAUUUCUCCGGGAUAUCGUACGCCAUGGAGAUCCAGCAAGGACCCAGAGGGCCUGUAUUCCAGGUCACAUCCACCGAGGGAGAUUGCGCGACAGGGCAGACACCGGACAUAGCUUGGAAGAACUUCCAUAAGAAGACAGGGGCCAAAGUCAGGGACUGGCAGAGGGCGGGGAGCUUCCCUCAGAAGAUUGACGGCGUCGAGCUUUUUGGGUUAAAAAAUGCAUCUGUUCAGAGACUGCUUCGUCAGCUUCUAGUAGAUUCGACUGGAUUUGGAAUAGACAUGCCUUCUCCAAAAAUUUAUGGUGCUGCUUCACCGUCGAGCAGAAACCGUGAUAGUACAAAGUCAUGCAGUGAUGACCUGUUUCAGAACAGUUGUCUUUUGCCGUCUGGUAAAAUUUUGGUGGCAGCCGUUGAUUGGUGAAAAUAAAGUGUCAGGUAAUGUUGCACCGGUAGCCAAGGCCACAUUCUGGUAGUGUCAUGUGUCUGUAGUGAUCUGAUAGCAUGUGUGGGUUGGCCAAGUUGUCUCUACUGCCUGCUCCCUCUGGUAUUAGCAUGUUUUCAGUUCUGGUAAAACUGUUGUUGGAUCUCUCUAACAGAGCCUAGUAAGCUAUAGAUUUUAGAAAGGAAUUUUGAUGCUUCCUUCAGGUGCAAAACGCUCCAUGGAUUUGAGAGUAAGGAUCGGUCAAUGAAGCAGAUUAUGCUGCUGAUCAAUGCCGGCAAAUUGACAGCUUGCGUACAGUUCAUAUUCUUGUUUAAAGCAUGAGAAUCAUAAUUUUGUGUUUUU